AGUGCAGGAAAGAAGGAAAGGGGAGAAGGAGAGAGAGGUCGACGAGGGAAGGGAAGGAGGAAGAAGUUGGGAUGGGAGUUGGGAGAGGUAGGGAGAAGUAAGCGAAGGAAGGAAAGAGGGGAGAGGUUGGGAUGGGGAGGGGGAGAGGUCGGGAUGGGAGUCGGGAGGAGAAAGGUCGGCAUGGACGGACAAGGGGGAGAGGUCGGGAUGGGAGUGGGGAUAGACAAGGGGGAAGGAAAGGAGGGAGAGGACGGGAUGGGGAGGGGGAGAGGUCGGCAUGGGAAUCAGGAAGGGGAGAGGGAGAGGCCAUGGAGGGAGAGGUCGACGAAGGAAAGGAAGGAGGGAGAAGUCAGGAUGGGAGUCGGGAGAGGUCGGGAUGGGAGUCGGGAAUGACGAGAGAAGUAAGAGAAGGAAGGAAAGGGCGGAGAGGUCGGGUUGGGGAGGGGGAGAGGUCGGGAUGGGAGUCGGGAGGAGAAAGGUCGCGAUGGACGGAUAGAGGAGGUCGGAGGCGAUGGAUGGGAAGGCGGAGAGAUCGGGAUGGGAGUCGGGAUAUGGUCGGGAUGAGGAGGGGGAGAGGUCGGGAUGGGAGUCGGGAGCUCAGGAGGGAGGGAUGGAAGUCGGGAUACGGGAAAGGAGGGAGAGGUCGGGAUGGGGAGGGGAAGUGAUCGGGACCGGAGUAGGAGUUUUUUUUUUUUUUUGGCCGCGCACACCAGUGUGCCACGUGGCACCCCACGGAAAG